AGCAGCGCUGGGUGUUCAGGGGCCAAGAUGGCGGCGCGCCGGGGACGGAGAGACCGAGUCGCGCCGCCUCCGACCGGGGGCCCGGGUCCUGACCCUGGCGGUGGAGUUCGCGGCGGCGGUUGGACGAGUUGGAGCCAAGCGCCGUAUGGGACCGUGGGCACCGUGAGCGCCGCGGAGCAGGUCCAUGAGGAGGGGGACGACUCUAGCUUUGUCAGUCUUUCUCGACUGGGCCCAUCUCUGAGGGAUAAAGACCUGGAAAUGGAGGAGCUGAUACUGCAGGAUGAGACACUAUUGGGGACCAUGCAGAGCUACAUGGAUGCCUCCCUCAUCUCCCUCAUUGAGGAUUUUGGGAGUCUUGGAGAGCAGAGCAGGUUAUCUCUGGAGGACCAGAAUGAAAUGUCGCUGCUCACAGCUCUGACAGAGAUCUUGGACAACGCGGAUUCUGAGAACCUGUCCCCAUUUGACAGCAUUCCUGAUUCAGAGCUGCUUGUGUCUCCUCGCGAGAGUUCCUCUCUCCACAAGCUACUCACUCUUUCUCGGACACCCCCAGAACAUGACCUGAUCACUCCAAUGGACCCUAUGGGGCCUAGCACAGGCAGUAGUAGGAUGAGUGGGGUAGAGAUGUCCCUUGCAGAUUCUCCUUGGGACUUUUCUCCACCUCCUUUCUUGGAAACUUCUUCCCCUAAGCUACCUAGCUGGAGACCCUCAAGACCAAGACCUCGAUGGGGUCAGUCCCCUGUCCCACAGCAGCGCAGUGAUGGAGAAGAGGAGGAGGAGGUCGCCAGCAUCAGUGGUCAGAUGCUUGCUGGAGAACUGGACAACUCUGUGAACAGCUUGGACUUCCCCAUGCACCUGGCAUGCCCAGAGGAAGAAGACAAGCCAACAGCAGCGGAGGUGGCAGUGUCAGCACCUGCUGAUGAGAGCAUCUCCUCCCUGAGUGAGCUGGUACGCGCCAUGCAUCCCUACUGCUUGCCCAACCUCACACACUUGGCAUCACUUGAGGAUGAGCUUCAGGAACAGGUGGAUGACUUGUCAGCUCCUGAGGGUUGUGUGGUGCUGGAGAUAGUGGGCCAGGCAGCCACAGCUGGUGAUGACCUGGAGAUCCCGGUUGUGGUGCGCCAGAUCCCUUCUGGAUCCCAGUCUCUGCUCUUGGAUGAGUCUGCAGGGGCCAGUCCUGCCUUGCAGCUACUCAUGCCCACCGUGGAGGCCAGGAUGGAAGCAGCUGUGCCUAAGGUUGCCCCUUGCCCUGAUCAAGAAGAAUUAUCAUUGAACUCUACCUGCUUAUUGGAGCCCAGGGAAAUCAUGGAGUCAUUGGCACCCAAGGAGCUUCAGAACCUACCUGCCAGUGCAAUUCAGGGUUCUCAGAGAGUUCCCAGAAAGGGCAGGAAGAAGAAGAGCAAGGAACAGCCAGCAGCCUGUUUGGAAGACUAUACUAGGAGACUGAGAUCAUCUUCUCGUGGACAGUCUACUAUGGCUACAGAGGUGAACUCUCAGGCGGGUAACUUACAGAAACAGCCUCAGGAAGAACUUCAGAGAGAGGCUGAAGCUCCUCAGAGCAGGGGGAAGCCACGGGCGUGGGCUCGGGCCUGGGCAGCUGCCUUGGAGAAGCCUGAGUCUGAGAACUUAGAGAGAAGUGCAGAACAGGAUAGCCCUGCUGAAGAAGAUGCCCUUGACCUCUGCCCUAAGCUGGUUGAUACUAGCCAAGCUGAGCCCAUGCCAGCUGACUCUGUUGAAGCUGAUGCAGCUGCAGUUAAGCAUGCUAUAGCUGAUUGUAUACCUGUUGACCAGGCUUCAGCUAGUACAGAACUGAUUGGUCCUCUCCCAGUAGGCCCAGUGCUGACUGACAGGACAGGAAUCAGACCUGCAGUGUCUAUUCCCACCCCAGCUGGCGCUGUCCCAGCUAACACAGUGACAGUUGACUCUGUUCCGCAUGACCUGGCUCCAGUAGACCCUGUGCUAGUUAAGCACAGACCAACCGACCCUAGACGUGCUGCAGCAGCAGCAGCUCAGGGGACUCGUCUUUCCCUAGAUUCCUCAGCCCACCCCAAGGUUGCAGGUCCUCUGAAGGUGGAAGGUAGCACCAGCGCUACAACCCAGGAAGCCAGACCUCGACCUCUCAGCCUGUCUGAGUACCGCCAGCGAAGGCAGCAAAGACAAACAGAAGCAGAAGGCAGGAAUUCUCAGCCCCCCACUGGCAAGUGGCCUAGUCUCCCAGAGACCCCCACAGGGCUGGCAGAUAUUCCUUGUCUUGUUCCACCAGCCCCAGCCAAGAAGACAGCUCCACAGAGAAGCUCUGUACCAGAGACUUGUUUUGUGUCUGUGGGUACCAACCCUGCUUCCCCUACUCCUGAGCCAUCUGCAAGCAAACCUAUGGUUUCCGUUCACUUGGAACAGGUGCCGUCUCAUGAGAUGCCACUUCCAGUUAGACCGCCCCUUCCUACCUUGCAGUCUGUGUCUCCUGCUGGGCCCAUCCCUUCCACAGUGCCCACUCCUUUGCCUUUCCCUCCAGGCAUACCUCCUUUGCUUCCUCUUCCUUCAAGUGGCCAUGGAGUCCCCAGUCUGCCCCCACCUCCCUUGCAACCAUCUGGACUUCCAGUGUCCAUGAGACAAAUACCACCUGAUCCCUAUACUCAUUAUGCCCCUGUGCCACCCUGGCCUUGUUAUCCCUCUGUGUCCCCUUCUGGCUAUCCUUGUCUGCCCCCACAACCAACGGUGCCCAUGGUGUCUGGUACUCCUGGUACCUAUGCUGUACCCCCAACUUGCAAUGUGCCUUGGGUACCCACUCCUGCUCCAGUUUCACCUUACAGCUCCAGCUAUGGGCACAUGGGAUGGGGCCCUGGACCUCAACAGCCUCCGUUCUGGUCUACUGUUUCUCCACCUCCUUUGUCUUCAGCGUCUACUGGAAGAGCUGUUCCCCCAUCCAAUGUGGAACCUAGUAGUAAUCCAGCUGGUUCUCCUGAAGAUGAACUUCCUGUGUCAGUGACUCCUUCCCUAAGUUCUGGGGCAGACAGCCCCAUAGCUCCACCGGUUGAGCCUACGAAACUGGAGGUUCAGCCAGUGCCUGUGUCUCCUCAGCCAAAACACAAAGUGUCUACCCUGGUACAAAGUCUCCAGGUCAAGACUCCACCAUGUCUGUCUACUGAGUGUGUAGCUGUUGGGGAGUCUGCAUCAGAGAGGCUAAAGCCUGAGGCUCAGGAGAACAGAGCCAAGGAAAAGCCCCUCUCUGCAACUGUCAAGGCUGGUCCCACACCAAGGCAGAGUACUGCCCCAAAGCUGCCUGCUGUCCAUCCAGCCCGACUAAGAAAACUAUCCUUCCUGCCUACUCCACGUUCUCAGGGGUCUGAGGACGUGGUACAGGCAUUCAUCAGUGAGAUUGGAAUUGAAGCAUCAGACCUGUCCAGUCUGUUGGAGCAGUUUGAGAAAUCAGAAGCCAAAAAGGAGUGUCCUCUCCCGGCUCCUGCUGACAGCCUGGCUGUAGGAAACUCAGGCAGCAUUGACACUCCCCAGGAGAAGAGACCCCUAGACCGGUUACAAGCCCCAGAACUGGCCAACGUGGCAGGGCUCACCCCUCCAGCUACCCCUCCCCACCAGUUAUGGAAGCCCUUGGCUGCUGUCUCACUGUUGGCCAAAUCUCCUAAAUCUACCGCCCAGGAGGGAACCCUGAAGCCUGAAGGAGUUACAGAGGCCAAACAUCCAGCUGCAGCCUGCCUCCAAGAAAGGGUCCAUGGCCCUAGUCCUGUCCAUGUGGGCUCUGGGGACCAUGAUUAUUGUGUCCGAAGCAGGACACCCCCAAAAAAGAUGCCUGCCCUAGUCAUUCCAGAGGUGGGCUCCCGAUGGAAUGUCAAGCGCCAUCAGGACAUCACCAUCAAACCCGUCUUGUCAUUGGGCCCAGCUGCUCCCCUACUUCCAUGCACGACUUCCCAGGAGCCACUUGAUCACAGGACUAGCAGUGAGCAGGCAGAGUCUUCAGCGCCUUAUCUUGCCCCGUCCACCUUGCUGUCUCCUGAGGCCUCACCCUGCCGGAAAGACAUGAACACUAGGACUCCCUCUGAGCCCCCAGGCAAGCAGCGGUCAAUGCGCUGUUACCGAAAAGCCUGCAGAUCAGUCAGUCCCCCAGGUCGGGGCUGGCAGGGCCGUCGUGGCCGCAGCAGCCGCUCUGUCAGCUCUGGGUCCAACCGGACCAGCGAAGCAUCCUCAUCUUCAUCGGUGUCUUCCUCAUCCCGAUCCCGGUCCAGGUCCCUCUCCCCCCCCCACAAGAGGUGGCGAAGGUCCAGCUGCAGUUCCUCUGGACGUUCGAGAAGAUGUUCAUCCUCUUCAUCAUCUUCAUCCUCUUCUUCCUCAUCAUCCAGUUCCAGAAGCCGUUCUCCCUCUCUGUCCCCUCGCAGAAGUGACCGAAGGCGGCGCUCUUACCGUUCAAAUGACCAUUACCAAAGGCAGAGAGUGCUGCAGAAGGAGCGUGCAAUAGAAGAGAGAAGGGUGGUCUUCAUUGGAAAGAUACCUGGCCGCAUGACUCGGUCAGAGCUGAAACAGAGAUUCUCUGUUUUUGGAGAGAUUGAGGAGUGCACCAUUCAUUUUCGUGUCCAAGGUGACAACUAUGGUUUCGUCACUUACCGUUAUGCUGAAGAGGCAUUUGCAGCCAUCGAGAGUGGCCACAAGUUGCGGCAGGCAGAUGAGCAGCCCUUUGAUCUCUGCUUUGGGGGCCGCAGGCAGUUCUGCAAAAGGAGUUACUCUGAUCUUGACUCCAAUCGGGAAGACUUUGACCCUGCUCCCGUGAAGAGCAAAUUUGAUUCACUUGACUUUGAUACAUUAUUGAAACAGGCCCAGAAGAACCUGAGGAGGUAACCCUGGGCACUCCUCUCCCACCCAUUUUCUCUGGAGGUGUCCAACCUCCUCCACUCCCCUCCCCCACUCUAGGGGGCGAGCUGCUAGUGUGGAAAUGACUGUUUUAUAAAUAAAUGGAAAAAAGUUAAAUAAAAAUGUGUUAAAACCGGAAUUUUUAAGUGGUAUUUGUUGUUUUUUUAAAUAACAGAUAUUGAACA